AUGAUUCUCGAAUGGAGCGCCAAAGUGAACCGUCACCAGUCUCAGCUGGGAGUUCAGAAUGAAUACAUCUACAGGAGGUCGCCGCAAGUCAACUUUCGCGGCGGAGCUUGCAGUACCUAUCAUAUUGUCCAGAAUGCCGAACUUCAAGCCUCGUCUCGCGCGGCGACAGAGGUUUCAUCCGUUUCCAGAGUACAUGAGGGGGCCACCAAUGUCAACCCAGAUGAUCGUGGUCCUCGUAUCGAAUAUGACCCUCUCACUGACGAAGCCGUUGACGAACCCAUACAACUCGCAGAUUCGGAAGUCCACAAUACUGAGCUUGGCAGUCUUCUUGGUCUUCACGAGGGCACGGAACCCGAGUUUGACGCGGUGUCCGAACAAACUACUAGCAGCUGCUUAUCGGGAUCUUCUGCUAUUCUUCUCUGUAUCUGCAGUCUUCUCCAGAUUCAAGUGGACAAAACUCAGGUCCAUGACAAUGCAGGCCGUGUAAGCAAACAAACUAUUGUUAAAUGCAAGCUCCAGAUGGAUUUGCGGUUCCUUCGACACUGGUUUGCAAUUCUGUCGCCUUGGUUGACCGUGGUGGCAUUGCUUUUUAUGUAA